AUGGAUAAUGACACAACUAAAAGAGUUAUACAGGCAGUUGAUAGGGCGAUUGAAAACUUCCAACAAAAACAGAAACAAAGCCAGAACAAAGGAAGUUAUAACCUGGAAUCGUAUGCCUACAACUCUAGUCAACCAACCUCUAAACGCAAAUUACCAAGUUCAUUUGUCCAUCGUUCACGUGUUCAACGGAUAAUUGAUGAUUUUCUUUACAAAGCGAAGAAAAGAGGGUUAUACAACAGAACAGGUAAAGAAAAACGGCACUGUUCAGAUGCGAAUAACUGUCAGUCAGUGAGUAAUAGUCAGCCAGUUGAUUCUGUUCAUUCGAAAGAAAGCAAUCAAAAUUUCCGUGACCAUUCACCGCCAAAAAUGGAUGAAUCUUUUGCAUUUAAACCUGUUGAUUUAAGUGAUGACCUUUUUGACCACGACCUUCACCAUACGCAUUCUUCAGGAUUUCAUAGAAGAUGUACAACUUUAAGUAAAGACUCAGGUUUCCUAUAG